GUAAGGCCGACUUGCACCUGAAAUUCGGCGACUUGUGCGAACGCGGGAAAAACUUUGAGAAAGCCUACGAGCAGUACGGAAAAGCGGUUUCGAUACUGCGGGACGAGGUGCAGCUGUUGGAGCAGAGGCAGAGCAAGAAAGAUCCGGAUGAUGAUCUUGACAGAGCUGCGCCGCGAAACGAGGAGAAUUUGGUUGGGGACUCUUGUUCUACAACAACAUCGCCGGCACCGACGAAGUUAAAAAUAGUGCAACAUCGUCGCCGACGACCUGCAGAAGCGGAAGCGCUGGCUGCCCUGGGACGUGUUUGCGUGAAGUUAAAGAGGUUGGAUGAAGCGGAGGCUUGUUUUCAAGAAUGUUUGCAACUAGUUUUGAAGAACGUGACAUCUGUGGUCGGCGAUAGAAGUGGAGGUCCACGAGGAGGAGAAGUGGUACGCGACAGAGAGGGAACUACAACCGGAGGAGAGCACACGAAAAACUCGGAUCACCACGAUGAAACGCCUGUGUCAGGAGUGGAACAGAUUUUACUGCGGCUUCAGAGCGUUUUUAGUGCGCCGGAUCGAGUUGGUAGUCCUUUCGGCCUGGAAUCAUCGGAGAUGAGGGCGGUAGAGUAUCGUAGAGGUAGCUCCGCAAGUGGGACGAGCACGACAUCGGCAACUUAUCCGCGUGAUGAAGGCGUCAUUGCAAAUCCAGAUGAAGCUGCUAACGAAGCGCAUAUUACUGACGAGCGGAAAGACAUAUCAGAAUCAGCCGCACAGAGGGAAGACCGCGCUGAUUUGACUCAACCACCUAGAAAAAGUGCAAAAACUACAAGCAGGAUAGUGCUGAACAGGUCACCUUCACAAAAAGAGAUUUUUGCGCCUUUUUUAUGCGAAGUUCUGGUGAAUCUGUCGAACGUGUAUUUCAGGCCGUUCGACGACGAGGAGGAGGAUUUGAAGACUCCGCACCGGACUGGAAGAGAGAGCGGCGAGGGCGACGAAAAAUCCCCACCAGCUUCGACUUGCUGUGCGGCCAGUGGUAGUUGUGCACCAGCAGUCGAAAGAACAAAGGCAAAAAUGCCAACUUCAACUUGUGUCCUUCGUCCGUCUCCGUGCGCCUCAGGAACGCCCAACAGAAAGGUUGCCUGGGCCCUCGCUCUGUCCUGCUGUGAAACCGCCCGAGUUAUCGAGCCCUUCGCCCCGGAGGCGAUCAUGCAGUCGUCGAACGUUUUGCGCGCUUUGGGUCGGUAUGAAUUGCAAAAAUGUCUGGGUCUGGGAGAUUGCCAGACUUGUCAUGCAGGUUUUCCAUGAUCCAUGGGGUCUGGUAUGUAGCACAUAGCAUGACAGAUUCUGUGAAAGUUCUAUCAUGCCUAUCCUGCAUGAGAAACUGCCUGUCGAUUAGGUCAAAAGUGGACAGCUUUAUUUGGUAAUCAUGCAACACAGAUUUUUACAGGAUUCAGAUAUAGCAUGACAAGUUGCAUUCCAGACACUUUUGCAAUCCAUAGUCGGCGGAGGGAAGCGAUUCGGCUGGUUUGGGACGCGGUGGCGCAGGAGUUGGGAUCGGGUCCAGGAUAUGCAUUGCAAAUAUGUCUGGGUCUGGAAACUUGUAAUGCUAAAAGUGAAUGAUCGACGCACUGCAAUACGCAGCUACGCAUGACAAAUAAUUUGGCUGCCAUGUCUUACGUAUUCCGCAUGGCACACUGCGUUUUUGCGUGACAGGUAAGAGGACUUUUUCGUGCCUAUGCAACACAGAUUCUCGAGUCAUUCCAGACAAGCAUGACAAACUUGCAUUCUUCCAGACCCAGACACUUUUGCAUUUGAUACAGGAGGAGUUGCGGAAGACGAGGGAAAUUGUAAUCAGAAGCACGAUGGGUAUACUGGUCCACGACCGCGGGAAGGGUUGCCAGAAGAUUCUCGCUCGUCCUGCUCGACCACUACUUUAACAGAGGCCCCGUCACCGCCUGCGGUAGAAAAAACUACUAGUAGUUCAGGGAGUACACAUGUGGUAAAAAAGGAAAGGCGUUUGGACGGAAAAAAUGACAAAAUGGGCUUGUUCGAGACGCGCGAGGAUCCCGUUGGUGAUCCAGAAGAUCCUCCUCACCGACGGGAUCAUGAAGCCGCGGUCGUCUUCGUGUGCGUUUUGUGGGGCGACAAGGUCUACACGCCGGAAGACGUUAACAAGCUGUAUUGUGGAGUGUGCCGAAACUGGCACGAUCAUGAUGAACGUACUGGAAAGUCGGAAAAAAACGAUAGUAUCAAGAACGAUUCCGGGAGCGGGCAAAUAACUACUACAACUCAGAAUUCAGCAUGUCCGACGUCGACAAAUGCAGAAGAAGGCGGUUCCGGUAAAAAGAACGCGGCCCGCCUUGCUCCACCGUUUUAUUGCUUUACUGAUCAGAUACAGGAACACGAUCUAUUCUCGUCGUGCAGACAUGAACCGUUUAAUCAGCAGCCCCCGAGCACGACUUCGACUGGUGUCAAAACGGAAAGACCUCCUGCACCAAUAGCUGCUGCUACAGCUGCCUCUUCGACCUUCCACCCGGACAUCAAACUUUGCCCGCUCCCAAAAACCAAGUUCGGCUGGUGGGGCAAGGCGUUUCUGUUCUCCGACUGUGCCCAACGUCUGAUGCAGUUUCCGCGAAAGGUGAUUUUUCUCGAUUUGGACCAAGUCAUCGUCGGAGGGUUGACGGACUGGCUUGAUGGCGCAUCAUAUCAAAAGUAAAAAUGUCUGGGUCUGGAAACUUGCGAUGCUGGGUGGCGUCUCAUGAUGAGGCAACAGAUGCUGGCUCAGCAUGACAAGUUUCUGAGCUCCUAGGUGUUGCCUAUUCUGCAUGACAGACUGCGCUUCUGCAUCACAGAAAAACGGAGCUCUUGGGUAACGUGCAUGACAGAUUUAAGAGUCAUGCCAGACAAGCAUGACAAACAUGAAUUUUUCCAGACGGACCCAGACACUUUUACAGUUGAUACAUCACGAGGUCCUCCAUCAUUAUCUGGAUUUUCCACUACACGUAGUGGAGUACUACUAUCUUCUUCACCGCCGGCGGCGGCCACAAGGAAAGCUGCACCGUCUGCGACUGUAAACGCGUCUGCUGAAGGUCGACUACUUGCGGACGGUUUUGCUCAAGAAGAAAAUUAUCCACCAGCGCCUGUAGAAGAAGAGGAUCGUCACCGGCGCCCCGCCGGCGUUGUUGAAAAGAACCUUGAUGACUUUCUAUUACUCUCCACCUGCACUCUGCAAUGCGAAAUCGCCAAAGACGACGGAUACAAUUCCUCCGUGAUGGUGUGGUAUCCACCCUUUCCUUCCGCUUAUUUUCCACCGCCGCUGCCUGAAGAUGAUCAUGAUAGGGCAAGCGUCGAAAUGCAGCAGCCGAGUCAACAUGUUGUCGGCCCUGGGCGAGAAGAUGUAGAUGAGAAAAACGGCACCCACGACGUGCAGCAAGAAAUAAAGCGGGCCUUCUUCCAUCACCUCUCCCUGCAGAAUGACACUAUUAUCGCGCAGACAAAAGCUAGCACAGCGUAUUUGUAAAAAUGCAGAAAUAGUUAUAGUGAAUACUAUGCACAAGCACAGAAGUGAAGUAGAAUUAGAAAAAAUCUGUCAUGAGCGAUCCCUCAUCGUUCUGGUUCAGGUAUGCAAGACGGAUUUUUGCGUGUUUCUAAGUAUUUGUUUUGGCAUACGAAAAGUGGUGCGCUAGCUUUUUGUUUUUUCUGUGGGAUAGCUGUCUUUCAAGCGGUCACGAAGUACUGCCACCGGUUUGACCACUGGUUGGAAAUGAAUCUUUUCGACGGGCACGGGGGUCGAGAUGAGGAUGUGAUUACGAGGUUCGCGGAUCCUCGUCCGGAUCAAAAUACGAGGGCAUGUUCCGCAUCGCUACUUCCACCAAGGCUACUGCGCUCCUUUCUCCAGGUCAAAUUCAUCCAAAACGUGUUUGGAAGGGACAAGGUCGUGGACUUUUGGCGCAUGGAGCAGUUACUUGCUGGCGUCGACAGGAGCGUGUCUGCCGGGAAAGAGACUGCCAUUGUCACGUUUCCGAGGAGUCCGAAGCCAGGGGACGUGGUGGACAAGUGUGUCUGGGUGAGGGAAAAUUGGAAGGCUGAGAAGGCGAAGACGACUCGCGUUCUUUGAGCUCUUCUCCUACCGAAUCCUGACUACAACUUCGCGAUCAGUUAUUGUCCCCGCACACAGUCCACACACACGGGUCGCGACUCGACUGAACUCCCUUAACUACAAGUUGCCCACUGUUCAACUGCUUCGGUGUUCAGAUGAUCCUUGAUACACCAUAGAGUUACUUAGUCGUGCUGCAGCAAAAAGUAAAUAACGAU